ACCUAUUACUGCAGCACAGCCCCCCUCUGUGUGUGACCCAUUACCACAAACAAUAACACGCAUGUCGGACCCGGACAGUGAUUGACAGUCAGGAUCCGUAUCAGCCACGUUAACUGAGGUUCUAUCCGAGCGUGACCCGGUGGUGCCGGCAGCACGGGUCCAGCUCAGGGUGGACGACCUGUUACCGUGAGCGUACAUCACUUUCCGCUUUCGACCCCGCAUCUGAACCCCUUGUCAUGAGUGGGGGGGUGGGAUCGUACUAACACAAAUGUUAACGGGCCGGCGGGGGCUCCUUUGGACACGGACUAGAGGCCCAGCCAGAUGAUGCGAUGCUAACGCUCGGCUUGUAGCUAGCAGGCGUUUGCUGGUCAGCGGCCAGCUAACUUUAGCCUCGUUGGGCUCUGGUCAGGGCCUCUCGUUUCUGGGUCUUCUCACACACACCUCGGGGAAUUGCAGGUCCCAAGAAUAUGUGGCUCAUUUGUAACACAACAAACAUAUGACAACAAAUAGGGCCAUGGAUUUCCCGGGACACUUUGAGCUGAUCUUCCAGCAGCUCAACUACCAGCGAGUCCACGGGCAGCUGUGCGACUGCGUCAUCGUGGUGGGCAGCAGACACUUCAAGGCGCACCGCUCGGUGCUGGCCGCCUGCAGCACCCACUUCCGCGCCCUGUUCACCGUCGCAGAGGGAGACUCGAGCAUGAACAUGAUCCAGCUGGACAGCGAGGUGGUGACGGCCGAAGCUUUCGCUGCCUUGGUGGACAUGAUGUACACCUCCACGCUGAUGCUGGGGGAGAGCAACGUGAUGGAUAUCCUCCUCGCGGCCUCGCACCUGCACCUCAACAAUGUAGUCAAGGCCUGCAAACACUACCUGACCACGCGCACCCUUCCCAUCUCGCCAUCUUCUGACAGACCCCUCCUCCACCACCACCACCACCACCAAAUGCAGCAGGAGCAAGAGAGGCACAAGCAGCAGCAAGUCUCGGACACAACCGGGAACGCCGCCCUCGCAGCCAACGGCGACCUCGCGGCGAACGCCGCUGCGUCCAAGAUGCAGCGCUCCUUCCUGCUGCAGCAGCUGGGGCUGAGCUUGGUGAGCUCCGCUCUGGGGGGGAUGGAGGAGGGAGGCGCCGGCAGUAGGGCAGGGGACCAAAAGGCCUCCUUCCCGACCCGCCGCGUCCACAAACGCAAACCCUCUCUGGGCCUCGGCCUGUUGGAAGAGAGGCCCCGGCAGAGGCAGCGGCCCGCCGGCCCAAACCUGGGAGGCGAGGCGGCGGAGCGAGAGGAGGAAGCUCUGCUGUCCCCGGACUCACGCAAGAUCGCCGAUGGAUCCAAGUUGGACGGGGCGGUCAGCGCCCUGGUAGGGGCGUCCCAAGACGAUCCUCAGCUGCCCAGCCAGUCGGACAGCGGGCAAUGUGGGGCGGAGGAGUUGGGGAGGAUGCAGGGGGGGGUUAGGAAGGAGGAGGACCUGGGAGAGCAGGACCUCCACGUCAACAGAGCACUGGUGAAGAUCAAAGGAGAGGAGGAGGCAGAAGACCAGGAACAGAAGGUGUUGGUGAAACAAGAGCCGCUGAGCUCGCCGGAGCUACCGGAUGAAAUCGGCGACGUGACAUCGCAGUCCGUACCGAGGGGGCGGGAUGGGGAGGAAGAGGAGGAGGAGGAGGAGGAGGAGAAGACGGACCUGAGCUCGGAGAACAGCGACCGCAGCUUUACCGCCGAGCCCAAGCCCGGUUCCCAGCUGCUCAUCAAGAGCGUCAUGGCGGCAGGAGUCGGAGGAGGGAGCUUUGGAUGUAAUGGCGAGCUGGGGGGCAAACCCGCUUUCAGUAUCUCCAGCUUCCUCGGAACCAAGGAUUUUGGGAGUGGCGGGACGGGGUUGGAUGCCGGAGAAGACGAGCUCCCCAACACGACAACAGGCGACGCAGUGGCACCCCACCUCCUGCUCCGUCAGGAAGCCGCCAGACCGGCCGGCUCGGCUUCGUCCUCGCUCCUGAAGCCGGGUCCGCUCAGUGGCGAGAGUUUCAACGGUUUCGGAGACAACCUGCAAGCCGAGUCUUUGUUCUUGCUUCCCCUGCACGAUGGGUUGGGGAUCCCCAGAGGAGGCGGGGGAAGUGGCUGUGGGGGGCGUGCAGGGGGAGAUCUUUUUGGCUUGGACUUUCAGCACUCCGGUCUGGGACUUCACUCCCUGGGGCGUUCCUCCCGGGAAGCCGGGGCGGCGAGUGGCGCCGCCCUGGGUUACCCUGGUUACAGACGCAUCGCCCCUAAAACGGUACCCGGCACGGGGGGAGAUGAAGGAGGCGGCGGCGUCCUCCUCCAAGACGCCGCCUCCUCCUCCACCUCCUCCUCGAGCCUGGCGAGCUCCACCUCACUCCCCCCGCAUCUGACCCGCGCCUCGGCCGACGUCCUGUCCAAGUGCAAGAAGGCGCUGUCGGAGCACAACGUCCUGGUGGUGGAGGGCGCUCGCAAAUACGCCUGCAAAAUCUGCUGCAAGACCUUCCUCACACUGACCGACUGCAAGAAACACAUCCGCGUGCACACGGGAGAGAAACCCUACGCCUGUCUCAAGUGCGGCAAGCGCUUCAGCCAGUCGUCCCACUUGUACAAGCACUGCAAGACCACCUGCCUGCGCUGGCAGAGCGGCAACAUGUCCAACGCACUGCUUUAAGGCAGCCGCCGAUCACUGAUGGGCUGCAAUCAAAAGUAUUCCACCAUUCCCAAAAACAAAUAUCCUGAGGCUGUGGAAAAAACCAGCGGAUGUGAUCGGCUGUGGCGCACCGACGACCACCAAAGUUGGGGAGGAUCAAUGUUAUGUUUUUCACGAGACACACACAUACACACUUAAACACUUUCACUCGUAGAAGGACAACAGGGAGCAAGGUCCCAGCUUUGUUGCUAUGGAUCCAUCCCAACAAACACCAGUGUUGGGAAAGUUCACUUUCUACAUGAACUAGUUCAAAGUUUAGUUCACAAAUUUUAAAAUGAACUAGUUCAGUUCAUAGUUCAAACUUCAAAAUAUUUGAACUAAGUUCACAGUUCCAACUAGUUCAGUUCUGUCGCUUUAUCCUGAACGUCUACAGUUUGUGGUGCCCGCCUAUUGAAGCAGAUUUACCCACUAAUACUCUUCUGGUACUAAUACUAAUACUCUGAGAGAGGCAGCUGUGCAACAAAUGUUACACCUGUCUGUGGAUUUGUUAAAAUGCACAUUUGUUAAACAUGUAGCAUAAGACGGUACUCCUGUGCAGAUUUGGAUCCAGUUUGUGUGCCGGAUGUGACGCCUCUGAGUGCUGAGAACGGCUGAUGGCUGCGUGCUCUCGGCACUGUACUGUAAACAAAAGGUGGAUCAAGGUCAAGUUCGAGAGACGAAGAGUCCAGUGCAUCCUUCCAGCCAAAAUGCUGUCAGCUGGACAAAGUAAUGUCCAGUUUUUUUUUUAAAUUACACAAGCGUUAAAAUUUGUGAUGAUGGAAGAAAUUGCUGCAUUCAUGGGUCCUCGUGGUUUCCUUUGUGGAAAUAUUAUAUUGCAUUGUAUUUGCUUAACUUAAAUAACAACUUCACACGCUGUAAUACGCACCUUAUUUUUGUGUCAUCAACUAUGGCAUUAUUCCUCCCUAUUCAUUACUGACUGAUGUGUUAGUGUGUUUAUGAAAUAGCAAAAGAAGAAGUGUAGAGUCGGUCAUCUAAAGGAAGGAUUGGCUUUUUGAAAUGUAAAUAUUGCACAUUUGUCACAACUCCUGAAGAACUAAACAUGUAAAUCAUUUUUGCUACUGUGCUUGAUAUGAUAUUUAUACAUCUCACAGAAAGCACUUGGACCAAUGGUUCUCUUCUCGUAACUAAUAUGUUGACUGGAUGUAGUUGUAUUCUCUCACCGCCUCUUAUGGGUAUUACGGUCAUAGCACUUUAGCAAGCAGGUUCUAUAACACACGAUGUCCGCAGAUGUCAGAUCAUAAGUUCAAAAUAACUUUGUCUCUUCACUUUUUGAAAUUGUGAGUUUUAGACAUUUAUUUUUAUAGUGUGUAAUUUUAAUGUCAAUACGUAUCUUCAAAUCCAUUGGAGUAAGACAAAAAAAAAAGAAGACAUGCGUUGUUAGACGGUUGUUAAUGCGGUGUCGCCGAGUGCUGUUUAAUUAAACCGAAAUGGUUAAAAAAAAGAACUACACGUUUGCCUUUUUGUGUACAUGAGGGCUUGCUGCGUCGUUCACUCGAUGAGAAACAAGUGGUCGGCGCCUCCCAUUCCUGGUCCGCACCGCUUCUUGUUCCUUUUUUACUAGUCGUAACACUGUUAGCAGACGACAUUUGAUGUGCCGAACAUGUUGGCAGAUAACCUGGAGUGUGAUCUUCAGGAGGGCGGCGCCCCGUAGGGUGUCUCUCCCUGCAGACACCAACCAGGAAUCAGUGGUCAGGUGUAAUUAUGGUGCUGUCUUUUAAAAGAUGUUAAUGUGAACCUUUGGAGAAAAAAAGAAUGCUCUGACUACUUCUUCUCCAUGUAUGAAUAUGCCAAAAUGUUGAAAUACAUUAAAACAAUUCUUAUUAAAGUCAAUGCCUUAUGCCUUUACGCUUGAAAAGCCGGGCGUCUGUUAAUAAGCCAAAUCUGAAGUAUUUGUUUGUGUUGUUUUUGUCUAUACUUAAAAUAAUAGCCACGAGAGGAAUAAAUGUGUGUCUCUUCACUGUUGAAGGCUACGAAGAUUGUACAGUAUGUUCAGUUGUUGUAUACGCUGAAUAAAAGGGAGAAAAUGAA